UGUUAAGUUAGUUAGUUCUAUUUAGGGGAAUUCUGUUAUUACAGUUGCAUUUUCUGUUUUGGUUCACUGUAAUGUUCACUUGCCUAUUUAAGGCUUUCCUUUUCAUUACUUUGUUUUUUAUCCAAUUCAGUAUAAUAAAAUUGAAUUGUCUCUCUCUCUCUCUCUCUGUAUCUUUCUAAUAUGGUAUCAGAUGCAACCCUGAACAACCAUCAAGAAAUCAUCCAGAGAUAAAAGAACUCAACCAUGGUGCGUACACGAGCAACUUCUUCUGCUACCACUGCUGGCGAUAUCCCCACAGUCGAUGCAAAUGAUCCUAUUGCUCCUCCACCAUCUCAACAAUCAGCUGGUAUCAAUCGAUCUCACGCACCAGCAAAUCGAUCCAAUGUUCAAGAUCGCCCAGCCUAUGAAGAUGUGCGUAGUCCGUAUUACAUCAGCUCCGCAGAUCAUCCUGGCUUGGCUCUAGCCACCCCUGUCCUCACGGAUCGCAAUUUUCACCCAUGGAAACGGGACUUCAAGCUCUCCAUAGGAGCUCGAAACAAAACCCCUUUUCUUGAUGGAACGCUUCCGCAACCUCCUCCUGAAGAUCCCCUCCUCAGUUCUUGGCUUCGAUGUAACCAGAUGGUUAUGUCAUGGAUCUUGCACUCCGUUUCCCCCGAAAUCAAAAGCAGCAUAAUGUAUCUCGAAACAGCAGCAGCCAUGUGGACAGAACUCAAUAAUCGCUUCAACCAGGGAAAUGGCCCUCGGAUAUUCGAACUCAAUGAAUCUUUGAUAUACCUACACCAAGGAGAAGACUCGGUCAGUACAUACUUCACAAAGCUGACUGCAAUUUGGGACGAAAUCAAUCAACUUCGCCCAAGAAUCCCGUGUACCUGUGCUGCAGCAACUCAAAGACAAGCUCAAGUUGAUCACGAUCAGGUUCUUCAAUUUCUAACUGGUUUAAAUGAAUCUUACCAUUCUGUUAGAGCUCAGAUUUUACUCUAUGAUCCUUGGCCUCCUUUGAAUAAGGUUUUCUCUAUGAUCGUUCAUCAAGAACGCCAAAGAAGUCUUGGUAAUCGACCCAAUCUACCUGUUGCUGCUGCAACUACACCAAAAACCAGCACUCACUCUCCCAAAAUUGAUACAGAUCCUGCUGCAAAUCUUGCUUCCAAGAACAAAAAGAUGCGACCUAUGUGUACUCAUUGCCAUAAACCUGGGCACUUUAAGGACAAAUGUUACUUCUUACAUGGCUUCCCCCCAGGAUAUGGUAAUAGAAGACCACAAGAAUCAUCCUCCAAGAAACCUGAGAACAAUAAAAGUUUGCCCCAUGCUUCCCAAGUCUCAGAUUCAUCUACAGAGUUAAACCCCUCUCAACUCACCCAUGAUCAAUGCCAACAACUAAUCUCUAUGCUGGCACAACAGAUUCAGUCUGCUCCUUCAACUUCGAACAAUACUCCUGCCUCUACAAAUUUUUCUGGAGUUUUCUCAGAUAUUGAAGACUGGGAUUGCUAAAAAGUUUGGCAAACUCUACUACAUCCAACAAGAGAUAGCUGCUAAUAACCCUUUUCUUUGCAAUGUCUCUUGUAAUAAAAACCAAUGGCAUUCACGCCUUGGUCAUCCAUCUGUAUUGAUUACAAAUAAAAUCAAUAAAAUGUUUCAUUUGUCUC